GUGCGUAUCGUGCCGAUAUCUGGUAUUCCUCGCGGUACUCUGCGUGGGGGCUAGCCAAUCAGUAUAAAAUCAUGUCCUGAGCGCUGGGAAAGGCACAGUUUGUCACUGCAACCAAACCAAAAACCACUUCCAGCCUCAACAUGUUCGCCAAAGUGAUCUUCUUCGCCGUCCUGGCCAUCGCUUGCGUCGCCGCCAAGCCACUGUUCCCAGUAGCUGCCUACAGUGCCUACAGUGCUCCACUUGUGGCUUCGCCUGCUCUGGCCGCCUACUCCGCUCCGGUAGCAGCUGCCUACACUGCCGCCCCAGUUGCCGCUGCUUACACUGCUGCCCUGCCUUAUGCUGCUGGUUACCCGUAUGCUGCUGCCGCUGCCCUCCCCUACACCUCCCUGGUCCUGUAAAUCCUUCCACAUCCAAUGUUUAUACCCUUCUAUGAUCUCGUAUCUCUGGAACCCUUAUUAAAAAAACAUCCCUUCAAAAAUAAUCAAAAAACAAUGCCAAAAAUUCGAAGAGGAUUUCUGCGGAACAAAAAAUAAAAUCUCAAAAAUGUGCAACUGAUUUCUGAGGAGUAUUGAUGUAAUUGAAGAAAUUUUAACCAAAACUGCCAACAGCACUCGAACAUGGUGAUAA